AUGCUCCCGCAACAUGAGCCGGUCACGGACAAGGACGCAUCAUUGCUUGGUGCAGAAUCCGGCCAGCCACGUCACAACCAUCUCUACCGAAACUGCUCCGUCAGCUUCUUCUUCAGGGUCUCUAGGAUCCUUGUCGGCAGGCUCCUCAUCGUUCUCACGCCCAGCUUCCUGCAGCGCCAUCAUCAUAAACACCAGCAACUAGCCAGAGAUGACAACUUCAGCACCGCCUGGCUCGACGGCAUCCGCGGCCUGGCUUCGUUCUGCGUCUUCCUCUUCCACCACAGCAGAUACGGCCACCCGAACAUCAAGAUUGCCUAUGGCGGGUCCGACGAGCAGCAGAGCCUCAUCCAGCUGCCCAUCAUCCGGCUCGCCGUGCACGGCCGCACCAUGGUCGCCCUCUUCUUCAUAGUGUCCGGCUACGCGCUGUCCGUCUCUCCCCUGAGACUGAUCCGGCAGCGCGACUACGAGACGCUGGCCCGGCGCCUCUCGUCGUCCGUCUUCCGCCGCGGCAUCCGCCUCAUGCUGCCGAGCUUCGUCGCCGCGUGCAUGCACUACGCCGCACAGCGGGCCGGGCUCGUCCGGGCCGCGGGGGCCUACAGCUCGACAUUCUGGAACGACACGAGGGCGCUGCUGAGCGAGUUCUUCGGCUCGCUCGUGAACCCGUUCACCUGGAGCAACGACGUGGUCGACCUCUUCUACGGCCCGCAGCUGUGGACGAUCCCGAUCGAGUUCCGGGCCUCCAUGCUCCUGUUUGUCACGCUCCUCGGCCUCGCGCGGGCGGUGACGGCGGUCCGGCUGUCCGCGGUGGCGUUUCUGUGUGUCUACUCGAUGGCGGUACGGCAGUGGGAUGUCUCGCUGUUCAUGUCGGGCGUCCUGAUCGCGGACCAUACCGGCCGCCGCUCGCCCUCACCGAUCUCUUUUCCUUCGACUGCGUCUUCUCCACCGCCAUCACCACCACUAGCAGCAAGAUCCCGACCAGCAGAUGAUGACCGCACCCCGCUGCCGCCGCGCAGAACCUCCCUUCUCCUCUCCGGCCUGCUGCUCUUCGGGCUCUACCUAGGCUCCUACCCCACCCAGCGAGCCGACACGACAAACGUGUACAAAUGGCUCUACCGGCUGGGCCCCGCCGACGCGGACUUCAAGUCCCGCCUGUGGACCUCGGUGGGCGCCGCACUCGCCGUGGCGGCCACGAGCUUCCUUACCACCUCCUGCUGCUCCUCGUCCUCGGGGCGGUGGUGGUGCUGCCGGGCCGCGGUCCUCGAGUCCCGCCCCGUGCAGUACCUCGGCCGCAUCUCGUACGCGCUGUACCUCACGCACUACCUGCUCAACGACCUCGUGGGCCGGCCGCUGACCAGGUUCGUGUGGGACCACGUCGGAGUGGUGGUUUGGCUGGCGUACGAGGGCGGCUGGCUGGUCGCGACGGCGCUGUAUGUCCCCCUGGUGAUCUGGGUGGCGGAUGUGUUCUGGAGGGUGGUGGAUGUCAGGAGCGUGGCUUUUGCAAGGGAGGUAGAGAGGUGGUGUACCCGUGGGUGCUGA